AGGAAGGGCCUGCUGGCAGGUGGAGCGGUGGGCCUGGGCGUGGGUCUGUUCCUGGCGGCGCGGCUGACGAUGGGCGGUCCCUCAUUUGCGGCGCUGGAGGCCGACGCUGUUCCUCUGGACCAGGCCCUGGCAAAUGGGCGGCCCACCGUGCUGGAGUUCUAUGCCGACUGGUGUGAGGUGUGCCGCGAGCUGCUGCCCGCGACGUACGAGGCGCAGCAGGCAUACAAGGGGCAGCUCAACUUUGUCGCUCUCAAUGUGGAGAAUGCCAAGUGGGCACCCGAGCUGCUGGAGUACAACGUCAAGGGCAUCCCAGAGUUUGUGUUCCUGGAUGGCAGCGGCAAGCCCGUGGCGGCGGCGGUGGGCAAGCUGCCCAGGGAGGUGCUGGCCGGCAACACGAGGGCGCUGGCGGAGGGCGCGCCGCUGCCGUAUGCACGC